AUGGUUGGAGGAAGAAAUGAUGAUGUUGCUAAAGCUUUGGCAUUGAUGGCUGGAGCUAUUGGAAAGAAUCAACAUAUGCACUUGAAUGUUGGGAAUAAUCAAGAUGAUGAGUUAUGUGCUUUGGGAAGGCCUGAGAUCAAGCAAGUCAUUGGUUAUCAGGGAAUUAGGCGAUUUUCUGAAUCAAUUAAAAAGAGUAGGAUUUAUGAUGAUGAUAUUAGAGCUAAAACUACUUUCUAUAAGAAUUUGAAUGAUAACAAGGGAAAGGGGCGGUUUAGAGGAAAUCCAUAUGCAACUCCAGUUAAGUUUUAUAAGUGUGGGGUAGAAGGAGAUCAUACUGUUGAAUGCAUAAGUGUUGAGUAUAAACGUUUCAAGUGUGGUUUGAAGACUACUGAUGAUGAUGGAUUAAUCGGAGGUAUGUGUUUUAUUAAUGGUACACCUUUGAUUGCUAUAAUUGAUACUGGAGCGAUGCGUUCUAUUAUUGCUUUGGAUUGUGCUAAAAGAUUGAAUCUCGAGUUAUCUAAUAUGUGUGGAAGUAAGGUCGUUGAUACUCCUAUUAUGGGUUCAGUGAUUACUUCAUCUAUAGUUAUUUUUCCUGAGUUUGCGGAUGAAGUAAACUUGUUUAUGUCUUCUAAACAAGUGGAAGAGUCGGUGAAAGAUGGCGAUGUAUUGUUUAUGAUGUUGGACACUUUGAAUGUUGGGGGGAAAAGAGAGAUUGGUGAUUUAGCAAUUGUUCGUGGUUUUCUAGAGGUAUUUCUAGAAUAUAUAAGUGAUUUACCGCCAGAGUGGGAAGUGGAGCUUGCGAUUUAUUUAAUUCUUGGAACUAGUCUGGUGUCAAUGGCGCCAUAUUGUAUGUCGGCAUUAGAAUUAAAAGAGUUGAAGAAUCAACUUGAGGAUCUUCUUGAGAAGAGAUUCAUUCGUCCGAGUAUGUCACCAUUGGGUGCACCAGUUUCGUUGGCUGAAGAUAUUCAUAAGACUGCUUUUAGAACAAGGUAUGGUUACUAUGAGUAUUUGGUUGUGCCGUUUGGUGUGACUAAUGCGCCAGGUGUGUUCAUGGAGUUGUUAGAACAAGAUUGA